AUGGUGCAAGUCGCUACAAGAAGGCUCACGCUAAAAUGCGUUGGAAAUGGAAGAAGAAGAGGACUAGACGCUUACAAAGGAAGCGCAGAAAGAUGCGCCAACGUUCAAAAUGAUUUGCUAGGCUUUCUAGUGAAUAAUUUAAUCUAA